AUGGUUAGAUGGAAGGUUUCGAAGCGUUACACAAGAAGAAGAGUCUACCAAGAGAUCUAUCAGCAUUCAGAAGAUGAGAGCUUCAGAGACAAUGAGACGGAUUCUGAGGAGGAUGAUAGAAAACCAGAAGAAUCAAGUUCUUACAAGCCGCGACCAGACGGAGAACAUGAGGGAAACUAUAGAAACCCAAUGAUCAGAAACCGAAAUUAUUAUACUCGAGAACAAGAGAAAAAAGCCAACGGACUCCUUUCGCCUUCAAUGACAACGAUUCUUCAGAACCGUGUGAAGUUCAAAGAAAAAAUGUCAAGAGUCAGCAAUAAGAAUCCCGGCGUUUUGUCGUAUGAAGUUCUCCGCAGCGGUUCCGCAUCAUUCCGGCAAGCCGCGGCACAAGAAGUUUCGAAAUGUCUGAACAAAGUUGGACAUUUCUGUCUCAACAUCCUUGCAUUCACCGAUUUCGCUGUCGCUCUGAUGGUAACAAUCAGUCCAAAUGGAGAUAAACUGUCGCCGGAAAUCAUGUUCGUGUUCUAUACCGCUGCAAUGUGGAUGCAGCUGGCUACGAUUCGUUAUCGCAGUAUCAUUCCAUUGGUUCUCAGCGUACUCAUCGAAAUCGCUGCCUACACAUGGGUAACUGUCGCCGGAGUGAAGUUCAUAACACGAGUCCAUGAGAACGUAAACGACGCAUCAAUUAUUGGAGUCAAGGACUACUUCUUUUUUUUCUUCUUCUCUACAGUCACCAUCGUUAGAUUGGUGUUCGCAGUUGUUCUCUUCAGACUUUUGAAAUUUAAAACCCCUCAUUUCUCUUUUGCGAAUACUGUUUUCUUGAAGCCCAUCAACACUCCCGUCACUUUUUCAUCUAUUAUGGCCCCACAAGAGCUUGACCCAACAAAUCCAUAUUAUCCGCAGACUGUCUACAACAACAAUAAUAAACCCGCUAAAAAUCACCUUCUCGACAGAUCUCUCGUCUAG